GCCCCAUCAUCCUCUCUACGCUAUCUCCACCAUCCAUGAAACCUAAGAGAAUACCAUGGUUCCAAGCUAGUCAAGUCGAGGGCUACUAUCAAUGACAAAGAAACUUCCAACCUAUCGCGACCGCUCGAGACCGAUCUUCCUCCCUAUCCAACGACCGAUAAAUCGCGUGACACAGCCUGUUUAGUGCCUCGGGCACGUUGGAACGAACAUUACGAGUAGCUCAACUAUGGCCCAAACCACGCGCCCAGCCAGCCGCCGCGACUUCGAAAUUGCCAUAAUCUGCGCCUUGACGAUAGAAGCCGAUGCUGUGGAGGCUCUGUUUGAUCGCCACUGGGACGACGAAGGCCCCUCCUACGGCAAAGCUGCUUGCGAUGCCAACGCCUACUCGACCGGCCUCAUCGGCCGUCAUAACGUCGUCCUUGCCCACAUGCCUGAUAUGGGUAAAGCCAACGCCGCGGCUGUCGCAGCGAACUGCCGCACGAGCUUCCCCAGCAUCAAGCUCGCCCUUGUUGUUGGGAUCUGCGGUGCGGCACCUCAAGCGGAUGGGGACGAUAUUGUACUCGGCGAUGUUAUAAUCAGCGAAGGUGUCAUCCAAUACGAUCUCGGUCGACAGUUUCCAGAACGUUUCGUGCGUAAAAAUACUCUCGGGGAGUCUUCAUCGGAGAUACGUUCUCUCUUAGCGAAGCUGAAAGGCGUACGUGGCCGGAUGAAGCUCAUUAGCAACAUGACGAGCUCUUUGACCAAGCUCCAGGGACAGCCAGCGCUGAAAGCUCAGUAUCCAGGGGCUGAGCAUGACCGGCUCUUCGAAGCAUCAUACCGCCACCUCAGCGAUGGGAAGUUGUGCGAAGACUGCGGCUGCAGCGGUACACUAGUUUCACGCCCUCAUCUUGUACAGGCUACACCACCACAACCUGUGGUCCACUUCGGCCUGAUCGCGUCUGGUGACACAGUGAUGAAAUCCGGAUUGGAUCGAGACCGGGUUGUACAGCAAGAGGGCGCCAUCGGCUUCGAGAUGGAAGGAGCCGGAGUGUGGAACAUAUUUCCUUGCGUGGUGAUUAAGGGUGCUUGCGACUACGCAGACAGUCACAAGAUGAAGGUGUGGCAACGGUAUGCAUCAGCAACGGCGGCAGCCUGCUCAGCGGCGUUCCUAGGAUUCUGGGAGCCAGCAAGUCCUCCACAUAUUGACAAUGCCAAUUCUUCUGGGACGGACCAAGGUUUCACUGGCCCCUGGUUUCUCGUCCCAUUCCCGAAGAACAAUGGCUUCAUCGGCCGAGACGCGAUACUCAAGAAGUUACAGCAACAUCUGAUGGGGCCGCUGUAUUCAAGGGCCUCACUCUUCGGUCUGGGUGGCAUAGGGAAAACCCAAAUCGCGUUAGCAUACGUCUAUUGGCUUCAUGAAACAUCUCCGGAUGUGUCGGUUUUCUGGGUCAAUGCGAGCGGCGCCGAGCAAUUACAGCAGUCUUUUUCAGUCAUUAUCCGGGACUGCCAGGUUCCGGGUUGCAAUGAUCCUAAGAUAGACGUGCUGCUGAUGGUCAAGAAAUGGCUAGAGAGCAAGGAUUGCGGCCGGUGGCUCAUGAUCAUCGAUAAUGCCGAUGACGUGGAACUCUUCUCCGAAGGGCCAGGGCCUAGAACUCGCACAAUGGCUAACGGCGCCGAUUUUGCACGCUACCUUCUAGAAUGUGGACACGGAAACAUCCUAGUUACGACACGAAACAAGCAGGUGGGACUGGAUCUAACUCUGGGGCAGCCUCCAAUCAAGGUUGAUCGGAUGGAUGAGAAUGAGUCAGAACACCUCCUGCAGACAAGAUUAGAAGACGACUCAUUCAGCCACACCGAUCUGUCAAAUCUUUCGACUAAGCUUGAUCACGUUCCGUUAGCCCUCACUCAAGCUGCGGCAUAUAUCGAGAAGAACAGCAUACAGGUCAGCAAAUACCUCCAACUACUGGAUGAAGGAGACCAGAGUUUCGUCACGUUGCUCGGAAAGAAAUUUCAGACGGUAGGAAGAUACCCAGAAAUUCCUAGGGCCAUCACACAGACGUGGAUGCUAUCCUUCCGAAUGAUACAGCGACAAAAUCCCUUUGCGGCUGAGUUGCUAUCGCUGAUGAGCUUCUUGGAUCGACAAGCAAUUCCAGAGGCAUUCCUCUUGAGCUACGGAGAGCGUAACGGUCGUACGGAUCUCCUCGAAGCCGUGGGUGUUCUGAAAGCAUUCUCUCUCGUAUCGGAAGAUAAGGACGAUAAUCUCAACAUGCAUCGACUCGUGCAUUUGGUGACUCGCAAGUGGCUCACUGAAGAGAACACUGCAAUUCACUACGCCGGCCAGGCGCUCUUGGCAGUGGCAAAAAUUUACCCAUUUGGCAAGUUUGAGAACAGGGAAAAGUGCAGUGCGUAUCUGCCACAUGCAAACGCUGUUCUUAAAGAUACUUUUAGUAUGUCAAGAGCUGUGGCAAAGUGGAAGGCAAUCCUCCUCCAUAAUACGGCCGAGUUUUUCUAUUUUAAGGGUAAAUACCGCGAUUCGGAGAGACUUUAUGCAGAGAGUCUCGCGAUUUGCAAGGAGGUAUUGGGCGAUGGGCGUCCUGAUACACUACGAAGCAUGCAUAACCUAGCAUGGACACUAGGGAAACAGGGGCGCUGGGAUGAGGCUGAGGUGCUACAAGUAGAGGUAUUAGAAAGUAAAAAGAGGCUGUUGGGCAAUAAGCAUCCCGAUACACUACGAAGCAUGAAUAACUUAGCAUCAACCUUCGGGAAACAGGGGCGCUGGGAUGAGGCCGAGGUUCUGCAAGUGGAGGCAUUAGAAAGUCGAAAGAGGCUGUUGGGCAAUAAGCAUCCUGAUACACUACGAAGCAUGCAUAACCUAGCAUUGACCUUUAAGAACCAGGGGCGCUGGGAUGAGGCCGAGGUUCUGCAAGCGGAUGUAUUAGAAAGUCGAAAGAGGCUGUUGGGCGAUAAGCAUCCUGAGACACUACGAAGCAUGAAUAACCUAGCAUCAACCUUCGGGGACCAGGGGCGCUGGGAUGAGGCCGAGGUUCUGCAAGUGGAGGCAUUAGAAAGUCGAAAGAGGCUGUUGGGCGAUGAGCAUCCUGAUACACUACGAAGCAUGAAUAACCUAGCAUCAACCUUCGGGGACCAGGGGCGCUGGGAUGAGGCUGAGGUUCUGCAAGUGGAGGCAUUAGAAAGUCGAAAGAGGCUGUUGGGCGAUGAGCAUCCUGAUACACUACGAAGCAUACGAUAUCUGGCUUGGAUACAGGAGCAACGAAAAAAGUCUGACGAGGAGGCAUUGGCGGGAAACUCCUAGCAUGGCGAUUUUUUACAGUCUACGUAGCAUUGAGAAGCAAUACCUGAAAACGUAAGCAGUGGAAGAAUCUGGGGAGUUGGGCGAGAAAGAGGAAACAAGUUGAUUUUAUGUAUGGCAUACAGCGAGGAUA